UCUCCCAUGCAGUUGUAGUGGAGAGUAAGUCUCCUUAUGGUUGUAUACAUUUUGAAAACACUGAGUUAAUCCGAUGAAGUUGAUCUGGUCAGUAGUCAGUCUGUGCAGUGUGUUUUGUACUGAAUUGACAAUGCCUUUGGGAGAAACACAGAGACCCUCAGGAAUAGGAUAUCCUGUUUAAAAAAGCAGUCACCUGAGAGAGCAACAAACAUAUUUUAAAUGUCUCUAAACGUCUGCUUUUGUUGUGCCGAGAACUCAAAUGACUUUUGAGGACAUUUGUGGCUUGGAAAAGAUACUUGGAUUUGAGGGGAAACUGCUGGUCACAGUCUCCCGCUUGUGAGAGACACUGAGUGAGUAUUAUUUACACAGUGCAUGGCUACUGUAGCUCAUAAAUGUAUUCAGAGGCCCUGUAGCAAAGGAAACAUAGAUAUAAAAGGGUGGAGAAACAUUCUGACUGAUAGGAAGUGAAUGUAUUGGAAUUGUGUACCAUUAUCUGAAUCAAUAGUCUAAGGAGUUCCUCCUCUGUUUCAAUCUGCCCUGUGUAUUUACCAUGACCAAACCACUGGGACGUGAAGAUCUUGGAAUGUAAGAAACAGCAUGCUAUUCUUUUCUCUGCUGGUUGCAUGCUAGAUAUGUGUUAGAAACAUAGAGACCGUUUGACUGUACUGUACCCUGGAUCUACCCCUGGACUCUGUAUUGUCAUAUUGCACUUUAGUGAAUGUGGGGAGUAUAUAUCCUCAAAACAUAUCCUUACUACUACCCCAUUGUAUCCCCAGCUCUCAUCCUUUCAAGCUUCUCUGUUUCUGUAGCCUGCUCAAUGUGUUUCCCUGGUGCUGUUUCAAACUGUCAGCAAAACUCCCGCUCCCUCGUAAGAUGGCCACAGACUAUGGGUCACUCCUGUUGAUACCUUGGACACGUUGUGUGUAACCUCCCUCUUCAGCCCAAAGGAGUGUAAGUACUACAGGGACUAUACAGUAUUACUGCCAGACUGCCUAUUUGCUGCUGUGGAAUACGUUUCUGAAAUGACACUGCCUAUUGACCAGAGGAGUAUAUACAGCAACGACUUGACCACUGAGCUUCCCUUCAAGAGAAUGGAAGGAAGACUGUGAAUCAGGACACAGUAGAGGUGUGAGUAACCCUGACUGUUAUUAAAAACUUGUUUAAGUGGAACAAUGAUCUGGGAACUGCGGGAAGUAAUCUACUGCUGGAUACAGUUUUUCCUCAUGGAUCUACAUUUACCACAUCAGAUGGAUUACUUUUCACCAUAGAAACAGUGGAACUGGAAAGAAGUACAGAACACCAGGUUUUUAUCAAUACCUAGGUGGUCACAAACUCACAAACCACAUAGGAGUUGAGACUACAGCGUCAUCAGCGUAAGACAUUGUAUUUAGCACCAUGGGAGCGGCGCGUGUUAAGCGACGUUUCAGUGCGGUGGUUGACGGGCUGGUAGACGAGGAGGAAGUCAUAAAGCUGGCUCUGAGUGUUGCUGACACAGCCAGGGCGGGGGGGAGCACGGGAGGCUCAGGGAGCCCAACCAGCUCCUCUCCCACCCAUAACCGCAAUGGCAAAUCACUCCCCCUGCAGGGCAACGGCAGCAAUGCACGGAGGCCCAGCAGAGCCCGGGAGGCAGGAGGAGGGGAAGGAGGGAUGAGAGGAGGAGGGCACUCAGGACUGAGGGGCGGGAGGGAUGGAAGUCUGGGGGGAAGGGGAGAAGGCUGUUCGUCCUCGGACAGAGAUUCGACACUGUCGUCCCCUUCCUCCUCCAGCCGCCGGCCCACCCGGCGCUCUAGACGCCGGCCCCGUCACCGCUUUGUGGGCAAGGACGGGCGCUGCAACGUCACCUUCGUCAACAUGAGCGAGAGGGGCCAGCGUUACCUCAGCGACCUCUUCACCACCUGUGUGGACAUCCGCUGGCGUUGGAUGCUCGUCAUCUUCUGCCUCUCCUUCCUCCUUUCCUGGCUGCUCUUUGGCUUUGCCUUCUGGCUCAUUGCCGCCGCGCACGGGGACUUCGCCAUCCGCCUCAACCCCAGCUCGGGUGCCUCUUCCGGGGGAGGAGAUGAGUCCGGGGCAGGGGCGGUGGUGGAAGUGGAGGAAACGUGUUUCGUCCAGGUGAACAGCUUCAUGGCGGCCUUCCUGUUCUCCCUGGAGACGCAGACAUCCAUCGGUUACGGCUUCCGCAGCGUGACCGAGGCCUGCCCCCUGGCGGUGAUGGCGGUCGUCUUGCAGUGCAUUGUGGGCUGCAUCAUUGACGCCUUCAUCAUCGGGGCGGUCAUGGUGAAGAUCGCUAAGCCCAAGAAGCGUAACGAGACACUGUUGUUCUCUGACACGGCAGUGGUGGCGCUGAGAGACGGGAAACUCUGCAUGAUGUGGAGGGUGGGGAACCUACGCAGGAGCCACCUGGUAGAGGCACACGUACGUGCACAGCUACUGAAGCCGAGGGUGACCCCAGAGGGAGAGUUCCUCCCGCUGGACAACGAGGACAUCAACGUGGGCUUCGAUACGGGAACCGACCGCAUCUUCCUGGUUUCCCCGGUAACCAUCGUCCACGAGAUCAACGAUGAGUCGCCGUUUUUCGAGAUGGACCGUCGGACGCUGGAGGACGACGCGGAGCUGGAGGUGGUGGUCAUUCUGGAGGGUAUGGUGGAGGCCACAGCCAUGACUACACAGUGUCGCAGCUCCUACCUCGCCUCCGAGAUCCUCUGGGGUCACCGCUUCGAACCCGUGCUUUUCGAGAGGAAGAACUGUUACCAGGUGGACUACUCCUUCUUCCACCGGACCUACGAGAUUCCCAGCACACCCUCGUGCAGCGCUAAAGAGUUGGCCGAGCAGAAGUACAUCCAGGGCUCACGCUCCUCCUUCUGCUACGAGAACGAAGUAGCUCUGCAGCUCGUCUCCCCUGACAAUGACCCUGAGGGCAACCCUGGCGGCUGCCCCUCCCCCCUGACCCGCCGACCCUCCCUCUCACAACACCCCCACACCAACUAACCCGGGGGGAGAGGGAGGCGACAGGCAGAGGGAACAUGAAGUGACCCGGGAUCCACCGGAAGUCAGGGAGAGACAGAGGGAGAGAGAGGCAGAAAGAGACAGGCAAGAUAAAGGUAAGUACUAGAUUUAGGGAAAAGGACAACAUUGAGAGUGAAGUUUAGAGAGGUGUAGAAAGAGGAACAGAGGACACGACAUAGACGGCGAGAGACAAACGGAAAGAGAGAUACUGUAUACAGUCAAACAGAGAGAGAAAAGGACAGAAAGAUAGGACAGAGGAGAGAGAGGGAUAGACAGAGAAAGAGGGAAACAGAGCGAGAGUGAAGUGUCAUUGAAAGGGGUAGAUGGGCUGCUGCUACUCUGACUGAGUUGGCUGAUUUGGACCCAGCGAUCUUUCAGAAUCAUUAUGAACCCGUCUGUCUCAGACCUGGCCCGUCAACCAACCGCUACAUUUACCACUGGCUCCAGCACCUAACUGAUCACACAUACAACACUGACCCCUCGUGGCUUCAGUCUGUAACUGCAGCUCUGGUUCAGUUACAACUCACACUGGGCACAUGGGAGUAAGGUGAAGCUGCCCCCUAGACACUGAGCUAUGGUCAGUUUAGCUUUUCUGCCCCUAAUGGUGAAGGUGAGGUUUUGGAGAGGCUAAGCUGAUCCUAGAACUGUGCCUAAGAGUAACUUCUAACCUGUGUAUGUUCAAUACUGUGUGACAGAAUGAGAUAAAACUGAGUAUAUCUACACAUUGAGGGAUGCUUCUUAUGAACUGAAUUCCAUGACAAGGCAUUAUUGAUAUGUUUUUGAUUCUGGUAAGUAAUUUGUGUUCUGUUAAGGUUUGAGCCAGAGGUCUGUUGUGUUAGACUACGUGUUAGGGCUGAUGUGUAACUAAAUGGAUACAGAGAAACAGCUGAAAAUAAGCAGCGAUUUUAAGUGGUUUCUUUGACUUGUACUGUACUUUAUGUUGUUAUUCUGUAUUUAUAAUGUAAGACUAUUAUCUAUUUGCUUUAUUUAAUCAAACAUUUGCAUGUUCAACUGUGUGCAGUGUCAGCACAAAACCAUAUGAGUGCAUAGUUUGGUAACAUGUUAUUUGAAGGUCUACUUCUAAACUAAUGAAUAUAUGUUUAAUAUGGUUAACUAUGGUUAACAAACAAAGGUUUAUAAGUACUUUAUAAGCAGAACUUCGAUUAAAAUUUUACCUUAUGUUAUUUUUUUAUUCUACAGUACCCAGCUAAAGGGACAAUAUUAUGUUCAUGUUUACCUCUGAUGUCUUGAAUAUGAGAUUCUGUCACCUGAGAUUCUGUGUUCCUCAAACAUUUAACUUUGUAGAAUUUUCCUCUGUAUUUUCUUUAUUUAGUUAAUUUGCUGAAUACUGUAUAUUUGGAUGAAUUUUAAGGUGGAAGUGGGAUUUCUUCCUUGAUUUUGGAAUCAGAUGUUAAAGGUAGACUCAGCGAUAUGACGUAGAUGCAGAAAGUAAACAGCAUAGUGGGUCAAUUUCCGCAAACAACUAAGAGCGUUGAAGUGUGAGGCUAAACGUCUCAGCUGUUUUGGUCUCGUACUUACCACGCUCUAACAGCGUGAUCGAACCCGUGGCGCAUGCGCAGAUACUGUGUGUGACCAGGGGUGAAGGUAAGGCGGUAUGGUCCGGUACGGUGUCCCGGCAAAAUAAAUAGUGGGGGUACGCCGUAUCGGUAAAACAUGAGCCUAUCACAAUAAUUAAAACAAAAUGUCAAGAAAACUGUAGGCUAUUACACCAUUAUUUAUCAUUACCGUAUGUCAGAGGCAUGAAAAAUGAGCGAAUGGACUUGAAAACGGGUGGUAUAGCUUACACUCCAAAAUGCCAUGUGGUUCGACAAAAUGUUGCCAAGGCAGAGAUGAAUGGCUGACACCGAGACGCGUGCAGACAGCAGUGGAUGCAUAAAUUCUGGCCUAAUGACAAUCACCAAAAUGUCAUUCAACUUUGUGGUGUUUUGUGUAACAGGUGUCUCUUUCCAUUCAAACAUCAUGACUGGUGGUUUAUGCCACAAUAAAAGGUAAUACAUUAAAAAAGUGAAAUAACAAAUCUUUACGACUACGCCCGCAGAGAUCCUAAUGAAUUAAUAGGGAUUCUAUAUGUCAUUCUGUGAUUAAGCAUGUGCACAUAGGAGGUCCCGUACUGGGAAGAAAUUGAAUCUACUUUCACCUGUGUGUGUGACUGUGAUAGUGAAUUCUUGCAUCUCACUCAUCUCAAUAGCUGCAGUGCUGCUCGUGGCAACGUAAUUUAGCUGAGUCUACCUUUAAGGUGACGUUGUUGGAAGUGUCCAGGCCUUGGCAGACCACCCUAAACUGGGACUGUAAAUGGACCGUAAACCUGUUGGACUGCAAUGACCACUGGAAGCAUGUACUGAGGACCUGAAAUGUACAACUGUCACUUCAAUGCAGUACAUUUACAGUGGGGAAAAAAGUAUUUAGU